AUGAAACAGCAGCACUGGUUUGGGAUGACUGCCAAGAUGGGCACCGUGUUAUCGGGGGUCUUUACCAUCGUGGCCACUGACAUGUACCUCAUCUUCGAACAGAAGUACAUAAAGAGUGAAGAUUGCAUUGAACAUCAGGCACAGACCAACAGUGCAGGCUACCUGGUAGAGCACUUCUUUAUCUGCUGGACCUCCAAUGUUGUCUUCUUCCUGUCUUUCAUGACCAUCAUCAUCAGCUUUUUCCUCCUAUACUCGGUCUAUGCCCAGAUAUACCGGGGCUUAGUGACCUACAUUAUCUGGAUCAUUUUCUAUGAAAUUGUAAACGUUGUAGUUCAAAUCUUUACUAACAAUGUCUCCGUCAUUGAAGAGGUCAGGGUCGUGCGCUGGUUUGGCUUGCUGUCCCGUAUAUUCAUGCACUGUUUCUGGAUAUUCUAUGUCAUCUCCUAUGCCCACAUUAUCUAUAAAGGUCAAAGCCAGGGCAACAUAAUCUCCUACAACAGACGUAUUUCUUCAGGCAGUGGAGAGUUCCUACGACGGAAAUCAAAGAUCAUCGACUUUACCCACCACUAUAGUGGAUAA